AUGAGGCAUGGUUUUCUAAUGAUAUUAUUAACUGGAAAAGUGUCGCUUUCGCAUGAUCCCUUUCAAAAAGAACUUCAGUCUGUGAGUAGAGACGGUUAUGGCGUUUUAUGGAUCAGCACCUCCAAAGUGAAUAAUUUUUCAUUUCCAUGUCAAAGGUCUAAAGUACCAGUUAAUUUCCAGAACAUAAAGCAACGAACUCAGAUCAAAUGGAUCAGAGUGAGCUUGCAUUCUGACGAUUCGGUUCUUAAUAUUUUUGGCGUGGAAAGAGUAGAAAUAUCGGUCAUUGCUCUUAUGCAGUUCAUCGUUUUGUUCCAAAAAAUCUGUUGCAAGCUACGAUUUGUUCUGGAUAAAAUGUUAAUAAGUCUAUUAAACUACCGACUAUUAAUUACAAUAGUCCUUUCUGAACAUUCUCCACGUAAAUAUGGUUCUCUCAUUGACUUAGAUUGGUCCAGCCGUACUAUCAGCAUUCAUAAUACAGAAACUUUCAUUAGGGAAGACCAUAUAGAGAACUGGCAGAAUAUAGCAUCCUUAUCUUUACCAAUUCUGCCAUGUUGA